CAGCUAGUCACGUUUCCAGUUCAUCAUCUCACGACCAGUGUUGACCGUUUUUAUUUUCUCUCAGCGAGGCCUUGACAGCAAUGUCUCUGAGUACGCUCCUACUUCUCCACGUAUUCCCGGCGCUGCUCCCGCCGAAGGACGGUGACGAAUGGGAAUACUACGCAGUCCUGGGGUUCGAUGAUCCGCGUCGCGUUUCGAUCGACGACAUUCGUAAGGCUUACCGCAAAAAGUCACUCGAGCUGCAUCCCGACAAAGUUGCGCAGCGGCGGCAGCAAAACGCUGCUGAAGCCGCGGCGGAAUACGAAAAGGUGCAGGAAGCCUACGGGGUACUCGGCGACGAGAAGCACCGGCAACAGUACGCGGUGUUGGGGAAUUCGCCAGCACGCUACCGGUUUGUACACACGGGUGGCCUCUACAACCCAGCUCGUUUGUACGAAAAUCUGGCCAAGGCCAGCACGAUUGACAAGACGCGGCUGGUUGUGGUGGUAUCAAUCGUCUUUAUGAUUCUGUUGCUGCAGCCCAUCCUUGUUGCUGCCAAAGUGAAUCAAGUCAUUGAACAAGAGGGUACUUUACAAAAUACCGACUGGGUUGUAAUUCUGAUACCAACAUGGAUGUUGUACGGGCUGCUGCUAAUAUUCUGGGUAGCAAUGGCAAUUCUUGCACCAAAUAAAGCCAAACCUCAAGUUAUUGCAACCUUGCUCACUAGCGUUUGUUUUCUCAGUGGAUUGAUUAUUUUGGCAAAGAAAUGGGACGAGCCGUUAUCGACCAACAAACACUGGCACCGAGCUUCGGUCCCGUUUUAUUUGGCAAUCUUUUGUCGUGUUUUGAGCGCAUACCUUGUGGUUGCGGCGGCACAGGACGAAUUUCAGAAAAUGGUUUCUCUACAGCAUUUGGAAACCACGGAAGCAUGUUGUUUGGAGGACAUGUCGGAGGAACGACGAGCUCAAGUCCUGAAGGACAAUCACGUCAUUACCGUAGACGAGGAGGCUGUUGCAGCCGCUUUGGAAAUAUUGGCGAAAGAAGGGGUUGAGUUCACGGACGACGACGUAGAGGCUAUACGCGUGACGACAUCUCCGGAAUUCGAAGCAAUGGACGCUAUGACCCAAGCUGUGGUAACACCGGCAGGGAACAUGCUCGUUUUCGGCGUCACUUUCAUUGCAUUGGUGGCAGCGAAAGUGGAAGGCCAGAUUGAUGCUUCUUGGUGGCUAGUAUUUUUGCCAAUUUGGAUUUUGUUGUGUCAAGACGUAGCUCGAGGACUCUUCAGUUGCUGUUGUGGCUCUGUAAGUGGUGAAGAAGUUGUUGUUAUGGGACGAUCGGACGAGAACAGCGCCGAAAAGGAGAAAGGCGAAAACGACACAGACAUCGAGGUGGGACAUUUGCCGGUAUCAACCGGAAUGGCGGCUAUGCAAUCGUCAAUGGAGUGGGCCACAGCCGAAGGUGAUAUGAAGGAUUUCCAUUCUCCAACCUCUGCCCCCGUUGAGCCAUUAGACAUUGGUGAAGCAGGCAACAAGGAAAUUCCUAGCGACGAAGAAGCGAGUCAAACAGAUCAACUCGGAUCAAAGAAUGAAACAUUUCUACGGCAGAAUCCCCACGGAGCACCGGCAAACAACUUGACUGUAGAACACUCGGAGGAAGAGCAGGACACAGAAGGAAGCAAUCUGGCACCCGCAGAGCAGGUGGAUAAAGAUACGAGCGAGAACGCCGAGGAGCCAGAAAUUGAAUUCGACGAGGACACAUUCAGGGCUUGGCAACAAGCGCAAACUGAGGCUGAUCAAAGUGCAAUGGAUGCCCAGGCCAAAGCACAAGGUCAAUGCUGCGUGUCUCUCUUCCAGGUCAUUGUUGUAUGUUUGAUCGUCGGAAAGCUGGAAAACGAUUUCGAAAGCGAUACUCAGGAUCCAUCAGACACAGGUUACAGCGCCUUCUGGAUCUUGUUUCCGAUAUUUUUGAUUGCUGGGUUGAUGUUUUGCUGCUGCUCUUGCCUCAUCUAUACUGCGGGAGCUACUGGGUUGGAUGAGUUGGUGGACAAGGCGAAACGAAAAGACGAUGAGGAACCUAACGAGGCCUCUGCUUCUAGCAAUGUCGUUCCAACACCCCCACCAUCUCACGCCCACGAGCCCGUAAAGUCGGAUGACCUUGAUACGACACCCGUGAGCAAAGUGAACGAACACAAUGCUGAAGCUUCUAACGAAAAUAUGAACGAUUUAGACUAAUGGUAAAUUCGGACAAGUUGUAUUUGUGUAC